UAUACUUAGAACAAAAAAUCGCUCACUCCACCGUUGUAAUGGCGAUAGUAGCUGCGUGGAAUGGGGCUCGCCUACGCUUCCCCUCUUCUCUACCCCGCUCUCUCCCUCCUCCUCCUCCUUCUCCUCGAACAAACCCUAGAUUCCCCGGAUGGGCGAAGAAGAAGAAGCAGGGGCCUCCGCGGGGAAGCUUCUGCUUCGCCCUGAAGCCGAACCAACGCAGAGAAGCAGAAGCAGAGGCAGAAGCAGACGAACUAGGCGGCGCCGAUGGCGUCGCCGACGCGUUCCUCUCGUCCGCUAGGGAUGACUCAAACUACCUGUGGAAAUUAGCAGCUGGAUCGGUCGGCGGCGCUUCGGCCAUCAAAUACGGUAGUAUUCUUCUCCCCGAUAUAACGAGACCCAAUAUAGUUCAAGCUUUAGUAAUGGUGUCGCUACCGGUACUAGUUGCUGUUUUAAUAUUACUUAAGGAGAGUAUGAGCGAAAGCCCUAACGACGACUUUAUGUAGCAUUUCUUUGUUGCUUCAUUCGUCGCCUAAAUCAAAGUGUUGAUUUCUAAUGCAUAUGCUUGCAACUUAAAUAGCCUAGCUAAUUUUUUGCUUCCAUUUUAA